AUAAGGUAAGGUCAAAGGUGCGGCUGAAGAGUGAGGAUCCUUAACCUAAAUCAAAGGCUGAAACGCCAAUGAAAACUAGAAAGCCAACAACAUCAGCAGCAAGGGGAUCCUCUUCUUCUUCACCUCCUUCCCAAACUCUUCCUUUAUUUUCCAAUAUGCCCCGAAAAUCUUCUCUUUUCAAACACACCCUUAUUGCUACCGUCUUCUUCCUCCUCGCCAUCUAUGCCUUCUUCUCCACUUUCUUCCACACUCCUCUUCCCCCCUCCGAUUCCAACUCCGAUUCUUCUUCUUUCCUGCUCGACCUCGGUGGUGUUUCUUCCCAGGAAAAUCCCAUUCCUUUUCCCGAAAGAGUCAAGGUUUUUAUGUACGAUCUCCCCCACAAGUUCACCUACGGCAUCAUCCAGCAGCACUCCCUCGCACGUGGUGGAUCUCCCGUCCCUGAGAUCACCACCCUUAACUACCCGGGUCACCAGCACAUGCACGAGUGGUUCCUCUUCUCCGACCUCGCCCGGCCCCAAUCCGACCGCCUUGGGUCCCCCGUCGUUAAAGUUACUGACCCGGAGGAAGCCGACCUUUUCUACGUUCCCGCCUUUUCUUCCUUGAGCUUGAUUGUUAACGCGGGUCGUCCUCCUGGUUCCGCCUCGGGUUACAGCGAUGAAGAAAUGCAAGAACAGCUGGCGGAGUGGCUUACGGGGCAGGAGUAUUGGAAGAGGAAUAACGGGUGGGAUCACGUCAUUAUUGCUGGGGACCCCAAUGCGCUUUAUCGGGUCGUGGAUCGUGUCAAGAGUGCUGUUUUGCUAGUUUCCGAUUUUGGGCGGCUUCGGCCAGAUCAAGGGUCAUUGGUGAAGGAUGUCGUAAUCCCUUAUUCGCAUCGGAUCAGUACUUACACAGGAGAUUUUGGGGUGAAGGAUAGGACGACCUUGCUCUUUUUCAUGGGAAAUCGGUAUAGAAAAGAGGGAGGCAAAAUCCGUGAUUUGCUUUUCCAAAUACUUGAAAAUGAAGAGGAUGUUGUGAUAAAACACGGAACACAAUCCAGGGAGAAUCGAAGAGCUGCUUCACGGGGGAUGCACACAUCAAAGUUCUGUUUGAAUCCUGCUGGGGAUACUCCAUCAGCUUGCAGACUCUUUGAUUCUAUAGUUAGCUUGUGUGUCCCUGUGAUAGUCAGUGAUAGCAUUGAGUUGCCUUUUGAAGAUAUCAUAGACUACAAAAAGUUUUCAGUAUUUGUGGAAACUACAACUGCACUAAAACCAGGAUAUCUUGUUUCAUUGCUGAGAAAAGUACCUGAACAGAAAAUAAUUGAAUAUCAGAAAGCAAUGAAGGAGGUGAAGAGGUACUAUGACUAUACUCAUCCAAAUGGAACUGUUAAUGAAAUAUGGCGGCAAGUAUCGCAAAAGCUACCUCUGAUCAAACUUAUGAUUAAUAGAGACAAGCGGCUUGUUAAGAGGGAGUUGAGUGAACCCAAUUGCUCAUGUCUUUGUUCUAACCAGACAGGAAUCAUCGACUCCUUAGGAUAAACAUAAACUUUUGCUGACCCUUUGAAGUUCAUUUCAUACGUCAAAUGUCUGUCCAAGUUGGAAGAUUCGCUGGUGGAGCGUGCAGGCAGGCUUUUGAGGAAUAAUUUAUUAUAUUAUUACACCCAUUUGCCUUCGCCUUUAGGAUGUUUGUCUUCAGCUGCAGAGCUAUUGAAAUUUGCCUUUGCAUGAAGACUUUCUUGCAUACAUUGUUGUGGAAUAUGUUUGGAAUUUUAGUUAUAGUUUUAUUUGUAAUUUGAUUUGUACAUGUUAGAAAUACAGUACGUCUAUAUAUACAACAGCUAUGCUUAAUUCUUUUCCUACA